UCUCAUGAAGAUAUUUAAACAGUGGAACUAAAUUAUAACCAAAGAAUUUCAACUGUCAACAAAUCAAGUGUGCGCCAAGUUGAAGUUCACCACUACUGAAAUAAUUUUCACUUCUUAAUUUUGGUAUAAUUAAAGAUGGAUUUAGACACUUUUCAAAUUAAGAAUGAAAUCGAAAUCGGAAAAACGGUUUUUCUUCAACCUGUAACACCGCCGAAGCGCAAAAUCCACAUCAAAUCGAAAUCGAAACCAAAUGGAGUACCAAAAAUAUCUUUGGAGAAACGAAUCGCGCAGGAUUUAUACUAUGCUAGAGAAUCUCAUGAUCAAGAACCAAAUGCAAACAUUCCAGUUCAUCUACGCUUGGGUGGACCAGAAAGAAAACGCCAUGGAUACAAGAAAUAUCACUUCUUGAACCAAAACAGUGUAAAACCCAGAAUUAAGAAAUCUGCUGAUGGAUACAUGACACCGGAAUUCCGGCAAAGAGCACAACAGAAAUUAAAACUGAUCAGGAAGAAACAGCAGAUGUCAAUCCAAAAAAUGUAUGUUACAGUCAAGAAUGGCAAGAAUAAAUAUCCCAGCAUAUAUCACAGUAUGAAAGCUUCUUUGGAUCCAGAAGUGCAGAUGGAGAUUAAAGUUUUGAUGGAAGAUUGUAUUAGAGAGGAUUAUAAUACUAAUGAUGAUGUGCCUCUCAGCAGUGAAGAUAUAACAAGCAUCAGCCUGCAUGAUAGAUUUACUGGCUAUCCCUAAAGAUAUUGAUGAUAAUAUUUUAUUAUAAUUUGCAAGUUUAUUUCAGUUGACUCAAUACUAAUGUAAAAUGUUGUUUUUAGACAGAUUUAUGUACUACCUAAGCAUAUAUUUCUACGAUUUGUAUCAAAAUAA